GAAGGCGGACAGCCCACACCUCCAGUUUAGUUUCUAAUCAUCGCCAUAUGGAACAAAUACCUGGGAAAUGUCAUUAUUUCUGGCUCCUUUUGUGGCUCGGGGUUUGGCUUUCGGAGACCGAAAAUAUUGGCAUCUCCAUGGACGAUGACCUCCUGCUGCCCUAUGCCCAGGGCCAUGGCCCCUCUCACUCUCACCGCCACGUCAGGGACUGCCAGCUCCUCACCCAUGGCAAUGUGACCUACGAGAGCUGGCCCUCCAGUAACCACAGUGGUCUGCCAGUGGCCGAAUCUUCUGUGUUCAUAACAGAGGUGCCAGGAACCUCCCGCUGGGUCUAUGGUCACAUGACCGUGGUCCAUGACCCCCUGCAGGUGGUGUCAGUACUUGAGCCAGGGGGACCAGGGGGCUGUGGGAUUAACCACAGGGCCCAAGUGGAGGAGACGGCGAAGGCUGCUGGCUGCCUAUAUGCCCAGAAUGGAGGCUACUUCCGCACCAAGAAUGGCCAGUGUCUGGGCAACGUGGUCAGCAAUGGGCACGUAGUGCAGAACAGCGGUGGGGUGCAGAACGCCCAGUUUGGCAUUAGGCGGGACGGCACACUGGUAUUCGGGUACCUGUCUGAGGAUGACGUUUUGGACAAGACCAACCCAUUCGUCCAGCUGGUCAGUGGUGUGGUUUGGUUAAUCAGGAACGGCGAGGUUUACGUCAAUCAGAGCCUGAAGGCAGAGUGCAGUGAAACCCAGGAGACAGGCACAUUCCGCCAUUUUGUAGAUGUGGUGUCAGCCAGGACAGCAGUGGGACAUGACGCCGAGGGCAGACUGGUCCUGUUCCACAUGGACGGACAGACGGAAGUCAGAGGUAUGAAUCUUUGGGAGGUUGCAGAGUUACUUAAGAAAUUUGGAGUGGUCAAUGCUAUCAAUCUGGAUGGAGGCGGGUCCUCCACCUAUGUGAUCAACGGCUCGUUGGCAAGCUAUCCUUCUGAUCACUGCACCCCGGAUAGUAGGUGGCGCUGUGCUCGGCGUGUCUCCACAGUCCUGUGUGUCCAUCCACGCCGCUGCCAGCCAGAGGACUGCAGCGGACACGGGCGUUGCUUGGAUGGGCGUUGCGAGUGCCACAAGGGUUGGCAUGGCAACACCUGCAACAAGCUGGUCUGUCAGCCGUCCUUCUGCGGUUCUCAUGGCAUCUGUACUGCGGUGGGCUGUGCCUGUGAUGCUGGAUGGAGAGGACAGAACUGCAGCCAAGAAUGCUCACCGGGUUUCUAUGGGGACGCCUGCAACCAGACAUGUGCCUGCACCAACGGAGGCUGGUGUGACCCCGUCCAUGGACAUUGCACCUGCCCCCCUGGGUUCCACGGCCACUCCUGUGAACAAAUCUGUCCUCUGGGUUUCUAUGGUGCCUCCUGUGCCGAGGAAUGUCAAUGUGAAGACUUGUGCCCAUGUGACCCGGUCACAGGAAACUGCACUGUCUUGAUCCAGGGAGAGAGGAACUACACCUUACACAGAGCAGGCCACUGUCUGGCCAAAGAGAUGUUUACAGUGUGGAGACGAGAGGAGGCCGUGCACAGAAAUAAGCCUUAUCUGUCUGAGCAGACAUGGCUGAUAAUUUCAGUCACCCUGGCUUCUCUGCUGUUGGCCAGCUUGGUGCGUCACCUGACGCGGGACUGUCGGAGGUCAGUGGAGGCCCGCCUCGCUGAACGCCACGAUUACUCCUACGUGCCGCUGACCAACAUCAACGGACGUGGGAAAAGUGCCAAGGGAACAAGAGAGCGGUCGCGCCCUGGUAAAGGGGAUUUGGAAAUGGACGACUCAGACUCUCAGGAUGAGAUCUGGACUCAGCCGCGGUCAGGAACCGGGUUGGUAGCACUCUAAGGACUGGGGAUCAUGAGCGGAGGUACUCUCUUGCUGCACAGUGGGAACACAUUGAGGUUGUAGAUGGGCUGAACUCCAAUGAUAGUUAAAAUAAGAGAGUCAAAUAUGGAACUGAAAUCUACUGAUACAAGGAAUAUAAAUGUUGAAGAUGAAAACACCGAAAGGGCUGUGCAAUUAACACAUCACAGAUACAAUAUCUGCACUAAUAUUACAGUGCACAUUAUCACGUCAACACAUUAAUUCAUUGUCACAGCACCAGAUUAUCACAGCAGCAUACUAUCACAUUAAUUUAUCAUCUUAGCAAUACAUAUUCACCACAACUGCCUCCAAAACAGAGCAGAUAUGAUUUAUGAAGGAGAGUUUUGUAAAGUAUUUGGAGUCCCUGCUCUUAAAAUCCAUUUCUGCUUAGGAAAAAAUGACGAUGGCCAUCUUACACACACAAAACAAAACAAAAAAAAAACAAAAAAAGACAUUAAGACAGGAAACCGCACACCUCUGAAAUUUUGUAAAACAUUGACUGCAUCAGCAGCAGGUGUGUCAGGGUUGGAGGUUUCAUUCCCACUAGGGCAACCUAUACUAAAUGUGGCCAAACUUAAAUACUUCCGCAAAUGUUAUGAAAAUUUCAGCAAUACAUUGCUACAAAGCCACAUUACUGCAGCAGUAUGUUAAUAAUCCAGGUCUUGUUCAAAAGCAUGUUUGCAGGCCCGGGGGUCACUAUAGAAAGAAUAAAAUCUCCACAGCCAUCCAUUAUCAAUGCAAAUGCCUCAGCAUAGAUAGAAGUAUAAAUGAGUAUGCAAGGAUGAGAGAUUUAGGGCAUCGGAUAUCUUUGGAUAUCUAACUUCCUCCAUCUUCUCUGGAAGUAUUCCUGCCAUGGUGUACCUACUUAACUACACUUGACCAAACUUAACCUCUCACACACUCCCUUUCAUAUUUUAAUCCUGUCAAUCAGACCGCAUCGAAACAGUGUUGAACCAUGAAGGAAGUGUAAGGAGUCAAAUGAGAUGGACCCUUUCUAAAACGAAGGCAACUGAUGUGGGUCCAGAAGUCUUGGUGUGUUAAGGAUGUGUUCCUACUCAAAACAGCAGAUCAGAAAAGUGUCACAGUGCAAAAGGACAUCUACAUUCCUCCUCGUGAUCGCAUCUUUUCAGUCUUAUCUGACUGAAAAUGAUUUGUUGAAACGAUCAAGAGGCAGAAGGUCAUCCUCAUCCUCACCCCCACAGCACUGCACUGAUGUGACUCUUUUCCUGUGGAAUCAUCUUCAACACAUUUUUCUUAAAAACUUUUGGCAUUCGGUCAGAUGUCAGCUCAAAGAAACAACCUACAAGUCUGAGGAACAAGGAAGAGGGUUGGUUUUUAUCCAUUUAUAAAAGGAAGUCCUUUAGAAGAAAAACUGCCAACCUCGUGUCUCUGUUCUAGCCAUGCUGAUAGCAGAUCAAUAGGACAGUGUUUUCUCCUUGCUGCCAUGCUGACAGGUGAGAAACGAACUUUGAACCUCAACCAGGAAAACCCCGUUGUUCAGACCCACCAAAGUCCUCUCUGGUGGUGGAGUUUUUAACAAAGGACUUAAUGUAAACACCAGCAUUCAGGAUAUUGUUUUAUGGUUAUUGACUUAGAUCCCUAUUUGUGUUACUGGGAUGUUAAUGGGAACCAUGUUAAAAGACAGAUCUUAAUUUGUGGGGAUUUUGUUAAUCUUUUUUCUCUGAUCUUCACAAUCCCUUUGCUUCAGGAUGCCACUUUUGAAAGUUGUCAUUAUUUGCAAAAAGGUGGAGAAUUCUUACUGUGCAUUCUUACUGUGCAAUACAACUUUUUUUUGUGUAAUUAGCAGAAAUUUCUGGUGAAUUUCAUCAAACUCUCAAUAUCUUAUAAUCAAUUUCUUGUUCAUGUUUUAUCUAUGUAUCAGUGUGUAUCAUGAUUUGGAUCCAGCUGGGACAAUGGCUGAAGAUGUUUCUCUGAAACAGGGUGAAACCCUCAUACCAGUUUUGAGUCUUUAUCCUCCUCAAGUGCUUAAAGCAAG